UUCACACUUCACAUUUACACCUCAAAUAAUUUUUUUCAACUAUUUAAUUAAUUUUAAUUAAUUUUAUUUAUUUAAUUUUUUUUAGUUAUUUGUGGUUAAUUUGGAGUUAUUGAGUGAAAUUUGGGGGAAAUUUGGGAUUAUGGAGAUUCCACGUGUAAAUCCCGGAAUAGUAAAAAUUCCUAAAAACCGAAAAAAACCAGUUUUAAGCCUAAUUUUACCCCUGAAAUUUGCCUUAAUUUGGCCUUAAUUUGGUUAAAUUUGGGCUUAAUUUGGUUAAAUUUUGUUAAAUUUGGGCUUAUUUGACUGGUUACGCAUUAGCUAUGUGCACCUUCUGCACAUUCUGGAACUCAGGCGUUAAAUGGCCUUCAAAUCAGAUUUUUCCUUAGUAUCGCAAUUCCCUCGAAUAAAAAGAUUGUUGUAGAUGGAGGAGUGUGUGUUUUCUGGUGAUGACGAGUCUCAGUUGACGAGUGUGAGUUAUACUCCGCGUAGCGGCGAGUUUGAGUUGAGUGAGGGCUUUGUGAUUUUGGAGAAUGAGGACAAGUGCCUCAGGUCCAGGUGUCACACGUAUGAAAUUAGCGCCAGUUUCUUCUGCCGCAUGCUUUCGCUGGUUUACUUUUUCUCGUUUAUUUCUAAUAUUAACCAGGUUUUGGGCCUGUUUGGCACUGCUGGGAUGUACGACGCUGCCAGCUAUUCGUUUCUCCAAAAUAUCGCCAGUAAAUCGUUUUACGAGGCGAUCACAGAGUUCCCCAGCCUCUUCCUCAUCCUCCCAAUCUCAGACUUCACACUCCGAAUCGUCCCCUUUGUCGGGAUCCUAACCUCGUUCAUAAUGUUUUUAACGGGGUUCAACUGCAUGUACUCGUUUUUGCUGCUUUGGGUGCUGAAGUUGUCGCUGGUGGCGCUGUUCAGGUCUUUGCCCAAGACGGUGUCGGAUUUACUACUACUCGAGGUUGGAUUUCUCGCAAUUUUCAUCUUUUCGCCCUUUAAAUUCUUUGAUAAACAUUUGAGCCUGGAUUUGCCCUCGCUUGUCAAGUGGAGCUUCAGACUCCUGUCGUACAGAGUCGUACUCCUCUCAGGGCUCUAUAAGAUUUUUCUUAAGCUUAAUUUUCAACACAUUUUAACCUCCAUACCACUGCCCACAUUUUUUGCCCAUUUUUUAACACGCGCCGUGGCGAAGUAUUCUUUCUUGAACACGUUACUCACGGUGGGAUUAUUAUUUUAUGAGGUGGUUCUGAGUGUUUUCAUAGUUACUCCGCACAGGAGUUGUAGGCUUUUUGGUGGAAUGGCGCUGAUGGUUUAUGGUUCGGUGUUUACGCUUUUGGGUAAUUUUGGCCCCUUUUAUAUUUUGCUGCUGUUGACAUCGUUGUUUUGUCUGGAUGACCAGUUUUUACACCCCUUUACGCAGUGGAAGUUUAACCCGUUCGCCAAGUCCGACACUCUCAUGAAGAAAGUAUCCAUCGAUCUCAUCGAAUCUCUUACCAACAGUGGGGACAGUGUAGAGAGUGUGGAAAAUGUGGAAAAUGAGGACCCAGUAGACACAGUAGAGAGUGUAGAUAAUGUGGACAAUGUGUUAGAAUGUAACACGGUGCGUAGUGAGGAGUGUACGGAAGAAACAUUUGGUAGUGUGUACAUAGAGCGAAUUUUGAGUAAUUUGAGCUAUAACAGGCAUCGUGAGUAUUUAAGGGAUUUCAUGAACCUGGACAACUUAUCCGUCUCGGAGCUGUUCAAGAAGAUUAUCACAGAUUUGUUAUUCCUCCUGUAUCUCACGGUGAUCCUAGUGUUACUACUGUUGCUACUCUUGUUUCCACACUACAAGGGAGUCAAAUCGCUAAUCCUGUUCCUUGUGUGUGUUCUGCUGAAAUCGCAUUGUGAGGCUGUUAGGACUAAGAUCUCUUUGUUACAGGGUGAGUACACUUUGUUCCUGUUACAAUCUAUUCUCAUAUUUGAGAUGGUUAAAAAUGGCCCAAAUACCUGGAGUUUUCUGCUGUGGAUUGGGUUAACGGAGUUACAACUCAAUCUUUCCAAGAAAAUGGAUAACAUGCACCACCUCACCAAGAUGAUCAUACAGUCGUUUCUCUUUAUACACUUGAUUGUGUUUAGUGUUCGGGUCUUUCAACACUCCGUUACGGAGAUUUUAACCCCCCAAUCCAAUAAUAUUCGUAGUGUAAAUAUUAAUACUAUGAGUAAUAUUAAUACUAUGAGUAAUAUUAAUACUAUGAGUAAUAUUAACACUAUUAGCAGUGGGAUGAACAAUUUCUAUAGUGUGAGUAACUAUAGAAAUGUGUUUAGGGUUGGUAGGGAUCGGUACGAGUUGGUGAUUGAGGGGACAAAUGAGUCAGUAGUGACCACGAGGACACACUGGGAAGAAUAUUACUUCAAGAGGAAACCCUCAAAACUCGAUCAGUUCCCACAUCUCACUCCCUUUUAUCAAUACUUUCUAGAUGAUAUACUAGUACAAUCCUUCAAUCUACAGUAUAAUAAUAGUAAUAGUAAUAGUAAUAGUAGUAGUAAUAGGAAUAAUAGGAAUAGUGUUAGGAAGAAGAAGUAUGUAGUAACUACAGGGGACACAGGGGAUACUGGGGACACUGUGGAGGGUACUGGGGACAGUGUGGACAGAGUGAACGGUGAUGAAUUACCAUACGCCGUAACGGAAAAAUUCAUUUUCGACUUGUUGCGAAUGUUGUUGAUGGGUUCUGGAGAGGUAAAAAACCUAAUGUAUAACCCGUUUGAAGGCACAAAACCCAAAUACACCAGAGUACUUCUAUACAAAUACUAUUUCUCCAACUUACACAGUGGAAACUCGAACACCAGGAGUAAGAAUUGGUACUACAGAAAUCUCGUCACGGAACUUAUUCCGCCUCUCUACUACAAUUCCAGGGGCACUCUAAGUCAAUCACACAACACAACUAAUAGUACAAAUUAUACAAAUAGUACAGUAAACACAGUGAAUAGUAGGGUGAAUAGGGAGAAAAGGGAGAAAAGUGCGGUAAAUAGUACAAAUGGUGUGAAUAAAGUGGAGGAGAUGGUGCAUAUGGUACAUGUGAUACCGGCGAGUAGUCACCCGGGAGUACCGUUGGACAUGGCAGACAGCUUUAACCACAAGGUACCAAACGUCGAUGGGAUCAUAAUCACCUCCAAAUAACAAACACAAUUGUAAAUAAUUUGUAAAAUUAUUUUAACAUUUUAAUGUUGUAAAAUUUUUAA